UAAGUUACAGAACACAACAAAAGCCCACCUUUCAGCUGCGCGCUCAACGCUUUAGAGCCUUGCAGCCGCUACUCAAACAGCUGAAUGCGUUUUAGAAUAACCGCGAUGCGCAAUUACGCACCGGACUAAAGGAAUUUGACGACCAGGCUGUCUUUUCGUUUCUCCUCUGCGGGGAUUCGCUGUCUGAAGUUUUUGGUCCUCUCCAUUUACAGAGCCCAAAUCUAUGCGCGACGUCAUCAGUGCAGUUGUAGCCUCUCUACACCUCUUAACUCUGAAGUUAACCUUCCAUUCCUCUAUGCGCCCAGGACAGGAUGGGAUGCUCAACCAGUUCCCAAACGUCAGCGAUAGAUUCGACUCGACCCAGUGCUAAACCCGAGGGGAGCAACGGAGCCAGCACAACAGGGGUGGCUAAUGAGAAUGGGAAAGUAGCUGAGGACAGUGAAACCAUCCCAGACCAGACACCUGCGCAGAGCAGUGAUGCUAAGCCUGCAGAUGAACCUGCUGCAGCUGCAACAUCUGCAGAAAGUACCAGUGCAGCUCCACCUGCAGAGGAGCCUCAGUCUGAUCCAACCAGUAAGCCUGCGGAGGCAGAGGCAGCAGCACCUGCAGAAGCUCCAGGAGCUGCAGACAGCAAAACAGAGACUGAGGCAAGCUCCUCAGAGCCUGCAGCUGCAGCUCCUGAGCAAGAAAACACAGAGGCCACAGCGGCUGAUUCAGAGCCCAAAACAGAGGAGGCGCCAGCCCCCAGUGAAUGAAGUCCAACAUGAAUAACUGCACAGAUCAGUUUGUCGGGAGUGUCUUACCUUGUUUGUUUAUUAUGCAUGAGUGAAAGUAUGUGAACGUGUGUGUUUGAGUGUUUGAAAGACAUCAACUUGUUGCCAAGAUGCAGACUCUGUGAUAACCCCUUUCAGUAUGGGUUCCUCAGUCAUCACUGUGCCUUCUUCCCCUCAUGAUGGUGUAUGGCUGCAACUUCUUCUCAUAAACUGUACACACACAUCACCUGGUGGGUGUGUUUAUCUUCAGGGGAUGUCAGAAUAGUUAUAUUUAUGAUCCAUACAGAAAUUUUUAACAGAUUUUCUGAAACAUCAUUUAUAUCUUAAACUUGAACCUUGAAGUCCAGUCUAUGCUUUUCUGUAAAAUUCUAAUUCUAAGAAAACCAAAGCCAAAACAUGUUUGAUUUAUUAGAUGAUAAUCUUUUUGGGUAGCAGGCUUUGAUUUUACCACCAUGUCUGUGAUGAAUAUGAAGAGCUGAUACUUUAGGACUGAUGUUAGACGUUAAGUUUCUGAUGAGCAUGAGUGAGAUAAGAGUGGAUGAGAGAGCUUUUCUGGUGCGUCACGAUUUCUCUCUGGGACCUCAAAUCUGCAGUAACCAAUGAACUGUAAAAAAACAAUAAAUAAAAAGACCACAUUAAAACUGACAUCUAAAAAA